AAAAGGAAUAUAGCUGUCUUAGCUGUGUUUUGCGGAAUUGGUUUGUUCUUGUGUUUAUUAUAGUCAAUAAAUUGCUAUUACUUUUGUGUUAGCCUGUUUAGUUUUUUAAUUUAAUUUAACAAAAUGAAAACAAUUCACGCUCAACAAGAAGUUAUUAUUCCUCCUAAAGUGACGGCCUCAGUAAAUAAUGGAGUAGUUAAGAUCACCGGUCCAAGAGGAACCCUUAAACGUAACUUUGGUCAUGGACAUCUCCAAAUCAGUAUGCUCGGUAAUAAGAGAUUGCUUGUCCAAAAAUGGUUCGGAAACAAAAAACAACUGGCCUUGGUCCGUACCGUAUGCAGUCACGUCCAAAAUAUGAUCAAAGGAGUGACCCUUGGUUUCAGAUACAAGAUGAGAAGCGUUUACCGUCAUUUCCCCAUCAACAUAGCUAUCCAGAAUGAAGGUAAAUUGGUGGAGAUCAGAAACUUUUUAGGAGAGAAAUUCUUGCGAAGCGUUGACAUGCAGCCUGGAGUGACAUGUUACAUGUCUACAGCCCAAAAAGAUGAAAUUAUCCUCGAAGGAAAUGAUAUCGAAUUGGUGAGCAAGUCAGCUGCUAGAAUCCAACAAUCAACCACGGUUAAGGACAAGGAUAUCAGAAAAUUCUUAGACGGUGUAUAUGUUAGCGAAAAGACCACUAUUGAAACUCCUGCAUCUUAGAAGAAGCAAAGAGUUACCCUUUCCUUUGAUUUUUGUUUGAAUUGCACCAGCUAAUAAAAUUAAUUUCAAAUUAAAA